AUGCCAGUGCAAGGAGCGACGCUCUUUACUGCUAUUAGACACUCGCUGGGUCCGCAGAGCAGACCGCUGGCACGAGGCUUUGCGAAUUCGAUGAGCUUACAAUAUGGGAAGAAGAUUGUGGUAGCGAAACCCGUCGUGGAGCUUGAUGGAGAUGAGAUGACGAGGAUUAUUUGGAAAAAGAUCCGGGAGGAGCUAAUCCUUCCUUAUUUACAACUGGACAUCAAGUACUACGACCUUGGCCUCGAGUACCGUGACCAGACCAACGACAAAGUAACCGUGGAAGCCGCCAAUGCCAUUCUCGAGCACAAGGUCGGCAUCAAGUGUGCGACAAUCACGCCCGAUGAGGCUCGUGUGGAGGAGUUCAAGCUCAAGGAGAUGUGGAGGAGCCCGAACGGCACGAUCCGUAACAUCCUUGGCGGAACUGUGUUCCGUGAGCCCAUCAUAUUGGAUCGGAUUCCCAAGCCGAUUCCAGGAUGGGUGAAGCCAAUCGUGAUUGGCCGUCAUGCAUUCGGUGACCAGUACCGUUCCACGGACUUCGUCGCACCGGGACCAGGGAAGCUCCAGCUUGUAUACGCCCCUGCUGAUGGAGGCGCCAAGACUGUCAUGGACGUGUAUGACUUCAAGGGAAAGGGUGUCGCCAUGAGCAUGUACAACACUGAUGAAUCAAUAACCGGGUUUGCACAUUCAUCAUUCAAGAUGGCUCUCCUCAAGAAGAUGCCCUUGUUCAUGUCAACAAAAAACACCAUCUUGAAGAAGUAUGAUGGCCGCUUCAAGGACAUCUUCCAAGAGAUUUAUGAAUCGCAGUACAAGGACGCUUUCGAGAAGGUCGGUAUAUACUACGAGCACCGCCUUAUCGACGAUAUGGUUGCACAAGCGAUCAAGUCCUCCGGUGGUUUCGUAUGGGCAUGCAAGAACUACGAUGGUGACGUACAGAGUGACAUCCUCGCUCAGGGCUUCGGUUCCUUGGGCAUGAUGACCUCAGAGCUGAUCACUCCUGAUGGCCAGGUUGUUGAGAGUGAGGCUGCCCACGGUACCGUCACCCGACACUACCGUGAGUUCCAGAAGGGGAAUGAGACGUCGACCAAUCCAGUGGCGUCGAUCUUUGCAUGGACCCGUGGACUUCUACACCGUGCUAAGCUGGAUGACAAUGAAGAGCUCAGGAAGUUUUGCUUGGAUCUUGAGGCUGCAUGUGUGGAAACGAUUGACGAGGAUGGAAUCAUGACCAAGGAUCUUGCUCUUGCUAUCCACGGCAAGAACAUGAAGAGAGAACAUUGGGUCGUCACUGACAAGUACAUGGAUGCGGUGAAUGUCAAGCUCCAGAAGAAGCUUGCUGAAGGGGCCACUGCUAAACCUUGA